AUGUCGCGUAACAGGAGCACUGCCCGUUACGAACGCGACUCCAGUCCUCCUCCUCCUCCUCAUCUACCUUCCCGUUCACGCGCGGCAGGCAGAUUGAGGCCACGUUUUGAGGAACUUGGCUUGAACUAUGGCUUUGCACAGGCCGAUCCAGAGAAGAAUGUUGGCUAUUGUUUCGUCUAUCGUACGUUAAAAAAUAAACUUUCUAAGGGUGGCAUGGCGUGCAACAUUCGUGCAGAUGAAAACGAGAUUAGACUUACAGAACUUGAAGGACCCUUGGACAAGCGGGAGAAAGUCCGGAUUUUUACUCACGACAUCAUCAGUUACUACAAAUUCAAUCAUAAGGCCAAGUUUGUCGCUAUUUGUAUUGAUGCUUAUCAUCGGAGGAAGACUGGAUAUUGGUUUCUGUGUUUUGAAAGAGAAGGGCAGUUGUCGUAUUUCUGCGAAUAUCUUAACUUUCUUUUCGGUUUGGAUGUUGUGGAUGCCUACGAAGGGCAAGAUGGAGAUAGAGUUAGUUACGUGGACCGAAGAUCGCGAAGUGCCCGGUCAUUCUUGCUGAGCCAAACAAAUAGAAGCUAUGACAGCGAUCUAUGCCAUUUCAGAGGUCAGCAAGAACCUGACUCUUACGAUAGUGGCUACACCGACUCCAGUAGCGAAGUUUAUGCCUCAAGCGUCCUCUCCUCCCUCCCCCCUCCACCUCCUCGAAAAAUGGCCCAUCCCAAAUAUUCGCCCCAGAAAUUUGCCAAAAAACGCAAUUUCAGGCGUUGA